AUGAGCUCCCGGCUGCCUGUCCCGUCCCUCCUCGGCCUCUUCGGCGCCCUCCUGAUCCUCUCCCCGGAGCUGCACGGGUAUCUAGACAAACCUUUCACUGAUAUAAAGGUGCAGAACGCCCUCGAAGUCGCCGUGGAGAAAUACAGCAAGGACAGAAGUGACAGCGCCAACUAUUUCAAGGUCCUUCGCUUUCUGAAGGCGGGGUAUCAGGUGGGUGGUUCGGUGGAAGUCCAUCUUAAGGUGCUCCUGGUGAAAACCGCAUGUGAAAAGAAGGCCGGUUGGCUGAUCUAUAGAAGGUUCCAGGAAUGUGAGGAACUUCCAGGCAAUCAGGAGGUGGACACUAGGGAUGAAUACCAUCUUUCGGUGGACUUGGAGAAAACAACAUGUAAAAAGGACAGUUUGAGUAUCACAUGUAAGAAACAAAACUGCUACUUCAAAGUUCUAUCCGGCCCUCCACAGAAAUUGGAAAUCACUGCCUGUACCUGA